AUGUCUGGUCACCGUAGAACUAAAUUAAAGCAUCGAUCCAUCUCUAUGUAUAAUCUAGGAAAUACGGCGAUGGGUUUGAUCAGAUCAGUACUACUUAUGCAGCUGAUGAUCUUCCUUAAUUUUAUAUUGACGGUAAAAGCUUCAACACCAGCGGUGGCAAAACCCGGCUGCCAAAGCCGCUGCGGGGAUGUUAUUAUCCCAUACCCGUUCGGUACCGGCGGCGAUUGCAACAUCACUGAACAAUUUCUCAUCACAUGUAACACUAGUUACAUACCCAACAAAGCGUUCUUAGGCAACAGUAACCUCGAAGUCAUCAACAUAUCUACCGAUGGUCAGUUGCGCAUCUUUUCGAAUGCAAGCUAUGAUUGUUACAACACAUCAUACAGGAAUUGGUCAUAUUACCGGCUCCAGCUUUAUAAAUUUUCAAUAAACAAUAACAAGAAUAAGUUCACGGCAAUCGGGUGUGACACCUAUGCUCGGGUGGAAGGUUACCUCGGACAACGUUAUGCAACCGGUUGUUUGUCGUUAUGUAACAACAUUACCGAUGUUUCAAACGGGUCUUGCUCUGGGAUUGGUUGCUGUCAGACAAGUAUUCCAAAGGGUGUGAUGAGCUAUAACAUCACAAUUGAAAGCUAUGAGAACCAUGUCGAUGUAUUGCCCGAAAACCCUUGCAGCUUUGCAUUUGUUGCAGAGAAUGAUAACUAUAUCUUCUCUGCUUCAGAUCUUCGUGGUUCCAAUUUUAAAGACAAGCAGUUUCCAGUCACUGUUGAUUGGACAAUAGGGACUACGAGUUGCAAGGAAGCGAAAAUGGAUACCAAGAAUUUUGCAUGCCAAGAGAAUAGUAAUUGCGUCGAUUCAGAAAAUAACUCUGGAUAUUUCUGCAAGUGUUUUAAGGGUUACGAGGGGAACCCUUACCUCCCCAAUGGAUGUCAAGAUAUAAAUGAGUGUGAAACGAUGAGUUCUUGCAAUGGAACAUGUAUCAACUUACCGGGAACAUUUAAUUGUUCAUGUCCGGGGGGCUAUGAAGGUGAUGGUUGGAAAAAUGGAACAGGUUGCAGUUUACCCAAUAGAGAUAAGUCCAAGAGAUCUCCCCUUAUUGAUAUUGCUCUAGGAAGUAGCAUCGGAUUUCUUGGUCUCCUUUUGGGGAUAGUAUCAUUGUGUUGGAUGCUAAGGCAGAGACAAAUCUCUAAAUUAAAAGAUGCUUACUUUCUGCAAAAUGGUGGCAUUUUAUUGCGGGAAGAGCUUUCGAAACGACAAGGGUACCGUGAAGAUGUUAAAGUAUUUACAGCAGAGGAACUCGAGAAGGCAACAAACAAUUACCAUGAGAGCAGAAUUUUAGGACAAGGAGGACAGGGGACAGUGUACAAGGGAAUAUUAGCUGAUAAUCGAAUAGUUGCCAUUAAAAAGUCAAUAAUUGGAGAUCCUAGCCAAGUUGAACAAUUCAUUAAUGAAAUAAUGGUGCUCUACCAAAUCAACCACAAGAAUGUUGUCAAACUCCUCGGAUGCUGUUUGGAGACACAAGUUCCACUGUUAGUUUAUGAAUAUAUCACCAAUGGAACCGUUUUUCAUCAUUUGCAUAAUGAUGAUGCUGCCUUCCAUCUUCCAUGGGAGACUCGUUUGAGAAUCGCCACUGAAACAGCAGAAGCCCUUUCUUAUUUGCACUCUGCAGCUUCUAUUCCAAUCAUUCACCGGGACAUCAAGUUGGCUAACAUACUGUUAGAUGAAAAUCACACUGCAAAAGUUUCUGAUUUUGGUGCUUCGAGAUUGAUCCCAUCCGAUCAAGCACAAAUAACUACAAUUGUGCAAGGAACUUUCGGUUACUUAGAUCCUGAAUACAUGCUUACAAGCCUUCUUACUGAAAAGAGCGAUGUCUAUAGCUUUGGGGUUGUGCUUAUGGAGAUGUUAACAGGACAAAAAGUAGUUUGUUUCAAAAGAUCGGAAGAAAGUCGAGUUUUGGCAAUGUACUUUGUCUCUUUGAUGAAAGAAAACCGCUUGCUCGACAUCCUCGAUCCUUGGGUGCUUAAUGAUGAAAAUGUUGAGCAGCUAAAGGAAGUAGCAACUUUAGCUUGCAGAUGCGUGAGAGUGAAGGGAGAGGAAAGGCCAACGAUGAAGGAAGUUGCUCAUGAAUUAGCAGGACUACAAGCAAUGCCUAAGCAUCCUUGGAGUAAAAGUAAUUUAGCAGGAGAAGAAUCUGAAUACUUGCUUGGUAAGUUUCCUAGCACUUACGAUGAUGGUGUAACGAGCAGCUCGAUGGGGAUGGGGUAUGAUAGCAUAAAUAACAAAAUCACAUUUGAACUUGAAGGUGCUCGCUAAGUAUGUAAUCAUAUUAUCAUUUGUACAUAUCACAUUUGAGCCUGAAACAGCUCGAUGGGGGUAUGAUUUUAAGUAGUUUGCUUCUACAUUUCCUAGUUUUGAGAGAAAUACAAUGUUAAAUUACAAUAGAUAAAUAUCCUUUUCCUCAAAA